AUGGGGGGCGGCCCGCGGCGUCCCGGGGUGCUGCCGCUUCUGGCGCUGGCGCUGCUGGCGGCUCAGGGCGGGGCAGCCCCGCUGCAGCCCGGCGGCUCCCCCGCGCUUACCAAGAUCUACCCCCGCGGCAGCCACUGGGCUGUGGGACAUCUAAUGGGGAAAAAGAGCACUGGAGAUUUUCCCUACAUCUAUGAAGAAGAAAGCAAGACACCAUUGUCAGCUCUGCCUGAAAAUAUCAAGCAGCUUGAAGACUACCUGCAGUGGGAAGAAAUCUCCAAAUAUUUGCUAUGGCUGCUGGAAGGGAAUGAAAAUAAAAGUGCUCACUUUUUAAAAGGAGGGCUUCCCUGGUAUACCAGGAACACCUGGGAGACAGAUGACAAUAGCAGCUGGAAAGAUAUGAUGGACUAUCUGCUUCAAGUUAUGAAUAUGAAAGAGAGCACACCAAGCUGAAAGAAGGCUAAAUCAUGAAGGAAUUGAAUACUUUCUGUAAGAGACUAUAUUUCACUGGCACUUGAUUGUAUCAGAUAAUCAACAAGGUCUCUUUUCUGUAAACGAGAUUUUCUUUGUGUAAAAUAUCCAAAUGCACAUAUUCUUGUAUGGUUCAG